AGUGCUUAUAUUAACUGUGUCGACAUCAUUGCGGUGAUUAGUUUUUUUUAAUAUAUCAAAAUUGUGACCUGUGUUCUGUAAUCACUUGUGAAAUGUCUGAAGAAAUAAUUGAUAAUCGAACGGCUCUACUUCAUAAUCAAAGAAAUGUGACUACGCCACGCACGACAAUGGAGAGCGGAGGAACGACUGGCCCUUUGCUGUACGCGGUAGUGGCAGCGGUGUUGGGGAUGCUCCAAUUCGGUUUCAACACUGGAGUGAUCAACGCGCCUAAACAGUUCAUCGAGAACUUCAUCCGAGACCAAUAUGAAGUCGCUCCCGACCUCAUCUUCGGUGUGAUCGUCAGUAUCUUCGCUGUUGGUGGUAUGAUAGGCUGCCCUUUGGCCAGUUGGAUUGCCGACAAACGAGGCCGCAAAUUUGCGUUAUUGGCCAAUGCUGUUUUCGGAGUGAUAGGUGGCCUUCUAAUGGGCUUCAGUAAAGCCGGAUCGUCGGUAGGUAUGCUUAUAGCUGGAAGAUUUUUCAUCGGUAUCAAUUGCGGUUUUGCCACAACCGCAUCUCCUACCUACGUAUCCGAGAUAGCACCUUUAAGGCUACGCGGUGCAUUCGGCACCGUUAACCAAUUGGCAGUCGCGUUUGGUCUCGUGGGCGGACAAAUUUUGGGUAUCGACGUUAUUCUGGGCAGCGACAAUGGAUGGCCAUACCUACUCGGCUUGGCUGUGUUGCUAUCAGCAAUUCAAUGCUUGAUGUUACUGUUCAUUCCAGAAUCCCCAAGAUAUCUCUUACUUGUACAAAGCGACGAAGAAAAGGCGAGGGAAGUGCUAUCAAAACUCCGGGGCACCGGUGAUAUUGAUGAGGAGAUCAACGGAAUGCACGCAGAAGACAGGGCUGCAAAGGAAGAAGAGAAAUUCACUAUCGGAGAUUUGUUCCGGAUCAAAGCUUUGCGAACACCUCUCAUUAUUGGGGUUGUGCUGCACCUUUCUCAACAGUUGGGCGGUAUCAAUGCUGUUCUAUAUUAUUCAUCAACGAUAUUUGAAAACGCGGGUCUCACAGUCGAGGAUGCUCGAUUGGCAACCAUCGGUGUUGGAAGCAUUCUUUUCAUAAUGGCCUUGGUUUCCAUUCCAUUAAUGGACCGUCUCGGAAGACGAACUCUACAGCUUUGGGGUCUAGGAGGUAUGGCGGUCUCCUCCGUGCUAAUGACUGCUGCAUUUUUCACGUACAAAGAUAACUUCACCAUGAGCAUUUUCGCUGUUAUCUUCACUCUGUUGUAUGUCGCAUUCUUCGGCGUCGGUCCGAGCUCGAUCCCUUGGAUAAUUCUUUCCGAGCUCUUCGGUCAGGGUGCUAGGAGCGCCGCAGUCAGUGUUGGAGCCGCCGUAAACUGGUUCGCUAACUUUAUCGUCGGUCUGGUAUUUAUUCCUCUAACGAACGUGCUCAAUAAUCUUGUGUUCUUGCCUUUUACUAUACUGUUAAUCUUUUUCUACGUGUUCGUUUACUUCAAGUUGCCGGAGACAAAGAACAGGACCGUCGAAGAAGUUACGGCUGAAUUUAAAAAGUAGUUUUAAUUAUUUAGUUGUAUAACCACAUUCCUUGUAAUUUAAUACUGCAAUAAGUUUACCAAUUGUGAUAGUUACUGUAUUACUUGUGACUGAUGACGUGUAUUUAUUAGGUUGGUAUUGCAUUGCUACAGUACCGGUCAAAAGUUUUCGAUCACUUGUUGAAUUUUGGAUAGUAUACCAUUUUGCUAAUGAAAAUGCGCAAUUAUCCUAUAUUACAUUCAUAAUGACUAUGUAAAUAGUUUUUACACAAAAUAAAAACGAGCAAUUUUAAGCAAAACAUAACGAUUUCACCUACUACUAGAGUUGUGAUUCGUUUACUGGUCGCAUUUUUCUUACAUAUCUAUCUAUAUGGUCAAGGUUAGUAUGUCACUGGUAAAGUUAUUAUUUUAUAAAAAUGAUCGAAAACUUUUGACCGUUAUACAUUCUAGCUAGAGGUUAACGUGUUCUUCUUACCUUUACAUCACGUUUCGUCAUUAACUUACAUGUAAUAAUAGAGCCAGGUUCGGCGUAUUAUGACUACAGAAUGAAUAGGUCGGCUCGAUUUGGAAAAGACCACGUUCACACAGAAUACAGGCGUAAAAUAGAAGCUUUGAUUCUAAAUUGAGGAUAAAUGCAGGUCCUUAUCGACUACAGUAAGUAUUAGGUGGGAUAUGUGCCAGUUUGUCACUCUCACUUCUUAAAAUAGCAAUCACAACUUGAAUGUCUUUCAAACAUAUUUUUUUUAUAAAAUCGAAGUGAGAAACAAACUUGAUGCUAAGUGGCUACUGCAGCCCGUAGAUACCUGCAACUAAUUUCGUUAUCGUCCCUGUGAACUAAGUCGAUCUGUACUUAGACAAGUUGUAUUAUACUGGCUCUCUAUAUCCUCAGUCCGGAACACAGCAGUGCACGCACUACUGCAUGACAGCAGAAUUAAACCAAAUAACAAUUCAUAACUUUGUCUUAAGUGGAAAACUUUCGGCAAAAUAUGAGAAUACGCGAGUUAAAGUAGCGGCACGAAAAUCUAGCGGUGACCGUUAUUGCGCAUAAGUCGAAAAUAAGGUAUCGUUCGCACGCGCUGAUUGGCUCUCCAGUCGCAUUCGUGCAAUUCAAUUCGAAAUCGUUCGCGACAGUACCCAUGCGCAGCUAUACCCUCCACGUUUCGUUCAGCGCUAGACUUACAUGCCGCGACUUGUACGAAUAGUGAUGUAAAGAGCCGCCCUUGCCGCAUUGGGUACAUGACCUAGUUGAAGUGUAAUCAUGAUUGUACAUAAGUGAACCAGAUAAAGAAGACCUUUCAUACGAGUUUUGAUUUUAAACCGAAAAGUGAGCGUAUGUGAUUUAAAUAUAACUUUGUUGAAAUCGCAUAAAUUUAGCAAGACUGACACCUUAUUUACUAUAUACUACACGUUAUUUUAAAGUACUUAUUCCAUUAAAUUUAACAAAAUACCUUUUAUUUAUAAGUGCAAAUUUAAAUGUAUGCAGCUGUUGUAACAGAGAUAGGUAAAAUAACAAAUCAUAUUUAAAUGUAUAUCUCUAUCUAUAGUCUAUACUUUUAGAUAUAUAUUUUAUAAAUUCACUUUGUUUUGAUUACGUAUUUUUCGUAUAUUAUAACACGUGCAAUUAUUCUUGAUCAGGGGUUUGAGGACCAAUUUUUUCUUUUAUAUCAUUUUAACACUAUGAUUUUUGUAUUUAUAUUAUUUUUAAUCUGUUAAUAUUUUUAGUUACUUUAUAUAACCCAAUAGUGCCUUAUAAUCAUUUACAUAUUUCAUGACAUUUUAAUUUAAUGUAUUUCUAAAAGUGUUCCAGUGUCAAACGACAUAUAAUAAUGUUAAAUGUUGGUAUCUAUUUAUUGGCUAUAAUUUCCUAACUUUAAAUACGUAGAUCACUUGACCGUCCUAGUGUACUUUAGUGCCAACUUUAAUUCGUUAGAUUAUGAGCGAUCUAUAUGUUUAAAAAAAUCACCAUUUAAUACAGAGGCACAUUAUAAAUGCAACUUUGUGUUAAGGAAAAAAAUAUUAUGUAUUAUUAAUAUUAAUGGGUUUUUAAUAUUUUAUCAUGCACUUUAAAUAUCAAAAAUAUAUUAAGUCUAUGUGUUACUCUAUGGUUAUUCAACAUGUUAGGGCUUUAGGGCAGAUUUUUCAAUCUGAUGGAUGUUAUCCAUCAAAUAAAUUAUAACAUAACUUUAUAUAAAAGUAAAGCAAUUGAAGUAUUUUAUUCACAUUCUCUAUCAAUUUAAGUCAAAGUGACUGCGACAUCUUAUUAGUAGUUUGAGUAUUUUACCAUUAAUGACAAAAAUGAUAAAAAUGUUAUGAAUUAAAAGUAUAGGUAAAACGUAGGGAUUAUAUAAUCACUCUUUGAUCAUUGGUAUAGGUAUGAUCAAUGCAUUUUUUCUACCGACUUAAAAAAGGAGGAGGUAGUACUCAAUUCGACUAUAUGUUUUUUAUGCGUGUUACCUCAUAACUUUUUUCUGGAUGAACCGAUUUCGAUGAUCUAUUUUUUAUUUGAAAGCUGGCGCUUCUCAUGUGGUCCCAUAUAAUUUCAAUUCAAUUUCAAUUUCAUGGUCAUGAUCAAGGUCUGACCAAUAGUGUUUGAGUUAUCUUUAAUAAUAUAUAUUGAAGCCGGUUGUACAAAUUUUUUAAUUUGACCGCUUGUAUUAGAUAUUUUUUUAUUAGUAAUAAUAUAUAUUAAAGGCAAGUUCUACCAUCGUAAUUCAAUUUGAUAUAUCACCGUAUGCACGUUACACAUAUAAAGAUUAUUUAAAAUAAAUAUGGUAAUUUGAGAAAGCUAUAUCGUGUAAAUAACGUCACGGCUGUAAUCCCCGAGGGAGUAGACAGAGACCAAAGAGCAGUAAGCUACUCGGACUUUCUUUUUUAGCCAAAAAAUGGGUUUAUUGUGAUCCUGCUUACAACUAUAGCCCACACCCUAAACACUCAUAAAUGCAAUAUCACAUUGGGCGCUUUUUAUGACAUGCUAAUUAAAUAACAUACUUGGCACCCGUUGAAAUAUAUUUAAAAAAUGAUAUAUUCUCUUUGUUGUAGAAAAUUUGUAAAUAUAUAAAUUCAAAAUGUUUAUUUACAUUAUGUCGCGUUUUACAAAUGUUGUUAAUAAUGUUAAUGCAAAUAUGUAUUGUUUUUUAAUUGCACAAUAUGUCAGUAGCUUUGAUUUAUAAAAAAAUUACAAGUGUUUAUGCUUAGUUUUGAUGUAUAGCACGAUAUCCACCGAUAUGUAUAUGUACUACGUACUAGAUUUCGCAUUCCGAACAUACACUAUGUUCAACUGAACUGUACUGCAUAUAGUGUGGUGUCAAUCUACUAGUUAGUCUGUGGUUUCAAUAUUCAUGCAGUGUGGAGCGUCGCUAAUAAUACAAGAUUUCAAAUUAAAAACUGACCGCGCAGACGCAACGCGCUUAAAUCAACUAUGUAUGUGGACGCGAAGACAUAGAGUAGUCCACAUUUUUUGUUUAGAAUGACUUCUAUAGUACGUAGUACAUAUAACUCAAUGACGAUAUCUUUGAAGUUAAUUAUUAACAGUAAAAAAUAUAGAUGUGUUUUUUAAUCUAAAGAGUAUACUUUCAUAGUAGUUUUCAAAAAAUUAAACCAUUUCCGAGGCUUAUUGUAUUAGGUUUAAAAUUCUUAUAAAUAAUCCAAUUAUUCGAAUUAAAAUAGGAUUCAAUUCCAAUUUUCUACCGACGACAUAUUACAUUCCAUUAGAUUUGCGUUCUGGUUUUUGCUUGAAAUGUACGCAUCGCUUCUCAUUCUUUUUUGGUCUAAGAUUAUAUUGUGGAACUUCAAAUAUACAAGAAAUGUAUAAAAUGUUUAUAGGUUAAUCUCAUUUGUCAGAGUAUUUUCAUAUAUUUUUCCACUAAAUGUUUGUUUCUUUUAUUGUUAUAGUUAACGUUUCUGUUAAAUUAUGUAUCAGAAUUACUGGCGCGUGCACUAUAAUCCUGUCCUGCGCAUGUGGCUAGUCUCAGUUUAGAAUGGUCGUCUUGACCGAAAUGCGGUCUGGAGUAAAUUAUUAUUUAUUAUUUAUAUUGCUUGCCUGUCUUAUGACAGUAAAAGGUAACAUUAUAUUUAUUCAACGUGUUGUAAUCAUUUUGUACUAAAUCGUGUUUUUUUUAAGUGGUUGUAAAUAUUUUAAGGAGUAUUAUUGUAUUUUAUAACUUAUAAAACAAAAAAAAAAAUACGAAUUUAAGACACCUGUUAGUAUUAAAAUACUAUUUGG